AUGGCGGUGACUGAUCUCCUGCUCAUUAUCAGCACUGUGAUAUUGAACCGGAUUGCUGGUAUCUAUUUCCCAUUGAGUUUCCUGUCCAUCACGCCAGUAUGCAGUUUUCGUUCUGUUGUAACCUAUGCAGCUAUUGACAGUUCCGCUUGGUUAACGGUGGCUUUCACCUUUGAUAGAUUUGUGGCCAUUUGCUGCCACCAGUUAAAGAUCAAAUAUUGCACUGAGAGAACAGCGGCCCGGGUCAUAAUGAUUGUUUGCGCCCUGAGUUGCAUCAAAAAUACUUUCCUGUAUUUUACACAUGAACCGUUGACCAUAAUUAACAAUGUACCUUGGUUCUGCGGCAUAAAAUCAACAUUCUAUACCUCAGCUGGAUGGGUUGCAUUUGACUGGAUUCAUUGUAUUUUAACCCCUUGCCUUCCUUUCAUUCUGAUUUUACUGCUGAAUGCUCUGACCGUCAAAUUUAUUCUAUUGGCCAGUAGAGCCCGAAAGAGGCUUCGGACCCCGAGCAAUGGAGGGGACCAGAGUGACCCAGAGUUGGAAAACCGGCAAAAGUCCAUUGUUUUACUCUUCGCCAUUUCAGGCAGUUUCAUCAUUUUAUAUUUAUUGUUUUUUAUAACCAUCCUCUACGUCCGAGUUGCAAAUGUCACUUAUUUCUCAGGGUCAAAUUACAGUGAGUCUACUUUCAUUCUCGAGGAAAAUGGUUAUAUGCUUCAGCUCUUGAGUUGUUGCAUCAACCCGUUCAUUUAUGCAGGGCCUCAGAAAAAAUUCAGGGAGGAGUUAAAGAAUGGGGCGAAGUAUCCACUGCGUCUAAUUCUUAAAUUAGUUAAACAAUGA